CGGAAGUGGCGUCAAGCGCGGAUGCUGAGAUUUUGAAUCAAGAUUGAGCACUGCACUGCGUAAAGUCAUCAUGCUCAAAAAUGAAGAGUCGUUUGAAAGGCUGAACUCUGAAUUGAAUAAUUUUGUUCUGGAGAUGAAACCAUAUGUCCUUAAACACCCCAACAAAACGGAGCGACAGCACUGUGCCCUGUGGAUAAAGAAGUUGUGUGACGCAACAACAUGCGGCUUAAGUCUAACAGGUCACAAGAACCGCAACCUGCAUGCCAGGUUGCUUCUUCACAUGCUUAAAAGAGGUGUCCUGGAAGGCCCGUUUGCCAGCAAACCACAACCUGGGAGCCUCAAGACUCUUCCCACUUACAUGUCCAUUUACUUUGACGAGCCACUGAUUGAUCGGACCGUGGACCAUAGCAAAGUCACUCUGCCUGAUUGGGUGUCGGGAGAGCUGGAUGACUGCGAUGAUGACAGUUUGGUUGCUGCCUUGCUUCAGGACAGAAUCCCUUCCACACCAAACACUGCUCAAACAAGGGCCAGCCAUCUGAAUGACAAGAAGAUCCAACGAGGAGCGACCACCUCAAGCCCACUCAAGCCUUCACCCAGACAUGGAGCCAGAGUGGCGGAUGUGGGGCAGAUGUCUCCUGAUGACAGUGACCUGGAGGCUCAACUCAACAGCUGGAACCCAGGGAUUUUGAAGUCCAGCCUGGGAAGAAACUGCACCCUGACUGACAAUGUGGAUUUUCCUUUUCUUCAGAGUAAGGAGGUAGAGAUGAGAGUGAAAGUGUUGGAAUCCAGGCAUCAGGAGGAGAAACUGAAAAUGCAGCUGAAACAUGAUGCAGAUGUUGACAAAAUUCUGCACCGAAGGAACGUGGAGAUUGACGAGCUGAAAAGUCGAUAUCGAGCCCAGCAGAAGGAAUCCGAGGACAUGAUUCACAAACUGGAGCGGAAAGUUCAAAGUGUGCUGAAGGAAUCCCAGGUCAUCCGUGAGAGCAAAGACAAGCAGAUUGCCGAGCUGAAGAAGAUGACAGAUCAGAGCGCCGACUGCUUGAAAAAUGAGUGGGAGAAGAAGCUGCAUGCGGCCGUGGCCGAGGUGGAGAAGGAGAAGUUUGAAUUGCAGAAGCAGCACACCGACAACAUCCAGGAGCUUCUGGAGAACACCAAAAUGAGGCUGGCCAAGAUGGAAGCUGAGUACAAUGCUCGCUCACAAGCCACGGUGCAAACGGCACACGAGCUGGAGCAGCAAGUGAAACAGGAGCGGGCCCGAGUGGAGGAAAGCGACGGGGUGCUUCAGAAGGUGACGCUAGAGAAGGCACAGCUGGAGAGUCGCCUAGCUGAACUGCAGGAGGCUAACAGAAGAAUGACUCUCCUUGUGAAGGAGAGGGAUGAACAAGGCGUUUUAUUUGAGGAGACCUUGAAGGGGUUAAAAGCCAAACAUGAUGCUGAUGUGAACCACUUGCAGCAGGAACACGUUUUGGCUGCAGCAAAGGCCUCGGAGUUAAUGGAGGACUUUGAGAAAACUAUUGCUCAGCUCAAACAGCAGCUCCUGGUCAAUGAACAUCAGAGGCAGACGCAACUACGGGAUCAAGAUUUGAAGUUCCAGCAGGAAAAACACGAGUUGCAGAUCAACUAUGACAAAAAGGUUCUGGCACUGCACAGUGAGGCAGAGAAAGAGAGGACAGAGGCCAAGAGGAAGAUUGCCAAACUGGAGGAUGCACUCAGAGACAUGGAGAACCAGCUGGACAAUACCCGAGAGAGCCACAGGGUGCACCUCCAACAGGCCGACACAGCACUAGAGCAGUUCCGGAGGCAGGUGAAGCUCAGCUCUGAGAAGGCUGAGGCCCAACUCAAGCUCCAGAUGAAAAAGGUGGAGGAAGACCUUCAGCACUCCAGGUGCCUGCGUGAAAAUCAAUCCAAGGAGUUCUCGCUGCAGCUCGACGCCCUCAGACAAAAAUAUGAGCAACAGAUGGCUGAGGAGCGCGUGCAGCACGAACAGGAGAGGACGCGCCUGCAACAGCAGCAUUGCGCCGAAAAGGACAGCCUUGUCCAGGAGCGCCAGCGGGAGGUGAGCAGCCUGGAGAGCCAGGCCAGGGCCGCCCUGCAGACGCACCAGCAACACACCCAGGAGUGGAGGAAGCGUGAUGGCCAGACCAUUUCGGACUUGGAAGCCCAGUUGUCGAGUUUGCUCGAAGAGCUCCAGCUGGCCCGCGUCCAGCACAAGCAACAGCUGGCCGAGGCAGCGGCGCUGCGGGAGGAGGAGCGGCAAAGGGCUUACCUGGACAAAGAGACGCUCCGCUCUGAUAUGGAACUGGCACUGCGUGACCUUAAAAGGAGCCACCAGCAGGAAAAGGAAGCAGCCGAAGAGAAGAUCAACAGCAGGUUGAAGCACAUUGAGAAGGAGUACAGUCAGACGCUUGGCAGGUCUGCACAGAUAAUUACUGAGCUCCAACAGUCUGCGUGCCUCUCAAAGGAGGAAGUUGCAGGUCUCCGGCAGGCAAUGAUGCGGCAACACGAGGAGACCAGCAAUCGAUGGGCUGAAGAGAGGAAAGAGAUAACCCAGCAGGCCGACCGGGCCAACAAGGCUCUGCGGGAGAAGGUGGAAAGUCUACAGAGGCAGCUCCGGAGCUCUGAGAAGACGCUGCUCAGCAAAGAGCUGGAGAGCGAAGAGAAGGUCACCACAGUGCGUCAGGAGUACGAAGAGAAGAUUAAAGGUCUGAUUCCUGCUGAGCUUAGACAGGAACUAGAGGACACAAUUGCAUCACUCAAAGCUCAGGUCAACUUCCUCCAGAGGAGGGCCGACUUCCUACAGGAAGAUUUGGAGGCAUGUCGUGAGAACAGGUAGCCUCAUGAGAAGGACCAACCCAAGGGACGCCAGGACAACCAAUCAGACGUGAGCACGCAUCCUUACAUGUUUCCGUCAUGAAUUCAAUGUCCUUGUUUUGUGUUGUUGGAGUUGUUGGAUGAUGUCAGUUCUCAAGUCACCAGCCACAAUAUUAGCUUUGUUUACUUAAUGACAUCUAAUGCAAGGACUUUAUUUUUCAUUUAAUUUUCUUUUCCAAAACAUGACAUAUUCUUAAUUUGACUUUUGUGGAUUUGCUGAUUAUCAGGGGAGCCUAGCCGUCAUUAUUUCAGCUCAUUUUUUUGGUAGUUUUGCGUUGUUGCAUAUUGUCAACACGUCAUUAAAUUUUUGUUUUUUAUGAAAACUAAAAUGCAAAAAGUAUUUUGCUGCCAUGCACAAAAAUGUUAAGUAUCUCUUUAGAAUAUGAUAUGUAGUUCACAUUUUUAAUGGAAUAGUUCCACAUGUAAAAGUGAUAAGUUGUACGUUUUUAUGUGAUAAAGUUCACGUUUUAUCGUGAAAGAUCACAUUUUAAUGUGUUUAGUUUUACAUUGUAAUAUGGUGAAUUUCAUAUUUUAAUGUGAUAUUUGUUUUAAUAUGAUACAUUUCAUAUUUUAACGUGAAUGAUUUCUCAUAUAAAUGUGAUCAAUUUCAGCUUUUAAUACAGUCACGUGAUGAAUUUGACAAAAGGCUGGCUUUCUUUUGUUUCUGUGUUCAUCAAUACAGUGGUACCUCUACAUACGAAGUUAAUUCGUUCCAGGACCUUGUUUGUAAGUAAAAUUGAUAGUAUGUCGAACAGGAUUUUCCCAUAAGAAUACAUUAUAAUUGCAUGAAUUCGUUCCACAGCCCGAAAACCUACACUAAAUCCUUAAUAAAUACUGCUGGUGUUAUCACUAUUGCAAAUAGCAGUUACACAGAAAAAAAUAAACAAAUUAUGAAUAAAAAUCGGUAUAACAAUAAAAUAAUUGUAAUAAUAAUAAUAAUACUUAUAAUAACGUAACGAAUCGUGUUCUAAUGUCGCGGAUGUUUUUUGCAUGGUGUACCUGAACGCACCGCGUGGCUGACGUGACAGAGUGAGAGAGGACUUUUUACUUUCACUUUUCAUGUUCUGCUGUGGCGGACAGUAGGCAUGUUGUGUUGCACAAGUUCUGAAAUAAAUGAUUAAAAACCUAACGAAGCUGGCGAUUUUUGGGGCGAUGUUACAAUAAUAAUAAUUGUCACCUUAACUUAUAAAGACUGGCGAACGGAGCUCAGAGGAGGACCGUCGAGAUCGUAAACAUUCUACUGCUGUAUUGUCGAGCCAGUUCACGUAAGCACACACCACGCUCAUAUUUUUCAUCAUUUCCAUCUUCAUUUUAAUGGUAAGCCUUACCUUUUUCCUUUUUUUUCACCACCUGCACUAACAUUCUUGGAACCCAUGUUGAUUUCUCUCUGUCGUCGGAUGUAGAAAUAAAUGGCGAGUCAAAGUUUACAUCUGAUGUCGAAACGAUCGUGUGUCGAACAGGAGUGAAAGUGGGCCAGGACGCUCAGGAACGCAGUUCCGGUAUAAGAUUCAGGGCCGGAAUGCUGUUCCGGUACACGGUGCUUUGAUUCCAAAAAUAUGACGGCAACUGUCAAAACGCUAUGUUUUGAAGAAAAAAAAAAUGCUAAGCUGCCACACAUGCAUUUCAUCUCCAAGAAGAAAACAAUCUACCAACAUCAGAUUUACAUACGGUGGAAAACACUCAGGUAACUUGAAGUUCCGCUCUAAGACCCCCAAUCUGGCCAAAUUUCAAAACUGUCCGAUAUACACGUGUGGUACAUCAAUGGAAAGAUUAAAAUCUCAAUUUUCUGGGGAAAGAACAUUUUUGAACAGAAGGGCAUUUAAAAAAAAUUUUUUUUUAAACAGCAAAACCCUAUUUGGAGGUGAGAGCAUGGAGAGCAGAAUUACAGACGCCAUGACAGCAAAAAAAAAAAAAAAAAGGUUGUUGAAUUGAUGCGACAAAAAAGGGCAAUGCAACAUAAAAUUGAUCAAAUCUUUUAGAACAACGAAAGACUUGAGGAGGCUUAUUUAUCAUAUUUAGUUUUAUUUGUUCUGAUGGGGAGGUUCAGAACAUCGUAGCUGUCAAUGUGCACUCUGGACUUAAAUUUGUUCAUUUAUGUUAGGCUAUUUAUUAAUUUCCUUAUGAUUUAAAAAAGUCCAUGUUUGCGCAAUCUUCAAAAUAAGUUCCAUUUCACUCUGCAUAAUAUAAGUCAUUUGUACUUAUUUUUCUGAAUGUAUGUUACUUAUAUCUUUGUUAUAAAUAAAAAAAAAGUAAAUGUUUACCUUAACUUCAAUUUUAAUAUACAUCCUAUGUUCUUAAGUAGUUAAAAUUGAGAUUUGGCAUUUAGUAUGUGAGGAAAUGAGGGAAAAUAAAAAUUAGGAGCUGAAGGUUGGGGUUAUUGCUGUUUUUGUUCACUUUUAUUUUGCAAAUCAUUGAAAAAAUAGGAAUGAAAAUCAGUUUUUGUAUGUGUUAUAGAAAUAACUGUGGUAAAACAGUUUUCUUUGCAUUUCAGUAGUUUAAGAGGUUUGACACCCCCCACCCAAAAAAAGGGAGGGAGGGAGUAAAUUAAUAAAUUAAUUACUGGCUCCGUGGCGACCUUCGCGUCGGGGAGUUCCGGCAACAAAUUCUAGCCACUUUCACCCCUGGUGUCGAAGCGAUCGUAUGUUGAGGUACCACUGCACUAUGAAUGUUAUCAUGCUGAAACAUGAAAUUUACCUUGUUAAAAUGUGACGUUACUUCGUUUUUGCACUUCCGUAGUAAUGAUUCUCAUACUGAUUUUUUGUCUUGUAGAAUUCUCCACAUUUUUUGGGUUCAGUUCCAUUAUUCUAUUUUCCUUUAUGUGUGUGUGUUUUUUUUUUUUUUUUUUUUUUCCGAAUUUGUAUUUAAUUCCUAUUUUUGAUACGGCGCAUUUUUGGAUCAUGUUACAUUUUCGAGG